AACACGUGUUCCAAGUUGUAAUUGUUUCGAGGACAGAAUGGAAAACCAGCCCAUCUUAUAAUCAAGUCAAAUGGACCGCCAUGUCAGCGAUUAUGGACCAAUGGUUGACUUUGGCCUAGAAUUGCAGCCUGCGUGGAAGUUCUUUGUAAGUUCCGCCCAAGCCUGAAGUCAGAACUACUUUCUUCCAUCAUUUCGCAGCUCUUCUCAGUUUCAUUUGUGAAUCCAAAUUCAACCCAACCAGCUUCUGUACCUAAAACCCUGAGAUAAAAAAAAAUGGAACAACUUCAACAUCAACACUACGACUUGGUAAUCCUCGGCGCCUCUGGUUUUACAGGCAAAUACGUAGUGAGGGAAGCUCUGAAAUUCCUUAACACACCUUCGUCGCCCCUCAAAACUCUAGCCUUAGCUGGCCGGGACCCCGCCAAAGUAGCUGAAGCUCUGAAAUGGGCAGCUCAGCCAGCAUCCUCUCCUUCCAUUCCCAUCAUCAAAGCCGACAUUUCCAACCCAACUUCACUUCGAGAGCUUUGCACCAGAACCAAGCUCCUCUUGAACUGCGUCGGGCCCUUUCGCCUCUACGGAGAACCCGUCGUCUCUGCUUGUGUUGAAGCGGGUUGUGAUUACCUGGAUAUAUGUGGUGAACCUGAAUUCAUGGAGAGAAUGGAGGCAAUUUACCAUGAGAAGGCGGUGGAGAAAGGAUCCUUGGUGGUUUCUGCAUGUGGGUUUGAUUCGGUUCCGGCGGAACUGGGAUUGAUGUUCAAUUCGAGGCAAUGGGAACCACCUGCGGUACCUAACCGAGUUGAGGCGUAUUUGAAUUUGGAGUCAAAGAAGAGGAUAGUUGGGAAUUUCGGGACCUACGAGUCGGCCGUUUUAGGUGUUGCGAAUAUGAAGCAGUUGCAGGACUUGCGGAGGUCUAGACCCAGAAGAGCUAGGCUGGCGAUUCCUGGACCUCCUCCGAAAGGACCAGUGAUAGAACACCAGAAGACAGUUGGCCUUUGGGCAAUAAGACUACCUUCAGCAGACUCCAUUGUUGUGCGGAGAACACUCUCAACUCUGACAGAAAACCCACAUGGCCUUCCUGGGGUUAAUGAAGGUGAGGAGCAGAUGGAGCAUAGGAAGAAUUUCUGGUCAAAGGUGAAGCCAGCUCAUUUUGGGGUGAAGAUAAGCUUCAAGUCUCUGUUGGGAAUUCUGCCAAUUAUCAUAUUUGGAAUCUUCAUCGGUCUCUUUGGUAGAAUUGCUUUUGGGAGGUGGCUACUGUUAAAGUUUCCCUCCAUUUUCAGCCUUGGGGGGUUUAGGAAGAAUGGUCCAACUGAGGAAGAAGUUGAAAGUGCUUCAUUCAAAAUGUGGUUCAUUGGACAUGGUUACAGUGAUGGUAGUCUUGCAUCACAGGGAAACAGAAAGCCAGAUACAGAGAUAAUUACCAGAGUUAUGGGACCAGAGAUUGGAUACUUGACAGCUCCUAUCAUCUUACUUCAAUGCGCUCUUGUAUUAUUAAAUAAGCGUAACAACCUGCCCGGAGGAGGUGUCUUCCCGCCUGGGAUUGUUUUUGGCCCAACUGAUCUUCAGGAAGGACUCCAGCAAAAUGGGAUAUCCUUCGACAUCAUCUCAAAGAAAGCUCUUCAAGUCUAAUCUCUACCUUCUUAAACAGAUGAUUCAAGCAGUUCUAACAGAACAAUGGAAAACCAUAGAUGGAUGGAGGGCAUAGACACAAUAAAUGCAGAUUUAAAUUGAACCAUUUCCCUUAGAUUGAACUUGUAGGAGCUAUUAUAGAACUUAUGACGAUCUUUUUUAUUUAUUUAUAUCAUGUUUUACUUCAAUAGCUUUUCAAA